AUUACCUACUCAUCGAUGCGACGCUUAUCCGAAUCGCGAAGUUGAUCCUUUUCCUAAUUCUCGUGUAGCAUCAGCUGUGGCUUUAGGUACAUUCAAGAGUUCCUCUGGAAAUAUUAAUUCUUGAAAACCUAUUUCAGAAACCCUAAUCCCACUUCCACAAAGCCCAAAAUUUCAAAAACAAUGGCGAAAGGCUGUUACUUUUAGCCCACAAAUGGAAAGACGGCGGCUUGCCCUCCUCUGUUCCCAUCUCUGCUCAACCGGACGGCCGCCAUUGUUGUGCGCUUUGCCUCCGGUGCUAUCGGCAUCCAGUUGCCAUGCCUCGGCCGGCGAUGGUGGGCGGCCGGAAGGGGACACCGAGAAGGAAAGAUGUGUAUUUUGCUUGAUUGUUCGGGGGGAGUCCCCAGCCUUCAAACUUUAUGAAGAUGAUGUUUGUCUAUGCAUUUUGGACUCCAACCCUCUAAGUUUUGGACACUCUCUAAUUAUUCCAAAAUUGCAUUUUCCUUCAUUACAAGCUACUCCACCUUCGGUUGUAGCAGCCAUGUGUUCCACUGUUCCCUUUCUUACAAAGGCGAUCAUGAAAGCUACACAAUGUGAUUCUUUCAACUUGCUGGUCAACAACGGAACAGCAGCAGGCCAAGUAAUUUUUCAUACUCAUUUGCACAUAAUUCCUCGUAGAGCAGGUGACCAGCUAUGGCCUUCUGAGGGCCAUAGGCAGCCAAUUGAACAGAAUCAGGAAACUUUGAGCCUUGUGAGUCGCAUCCGAGAGAGGAUCUCUCCUCAGCCAACUGCUUGUUGCAGCACUCUUGAAUCUCAGCUCCAUAAGAACCUGCAUGAUUAAGAGCUUCUGUACAUGAUUUUUUACAUUUAUAAAUUUUGAAAUAUCUUUGGUUUGCAAGAAUGUUGGUCUUGAUUGUUCUCAAAGUCUGUAAAAAUGCGAUGGGAAUAAGCAGUUCACGUGAGAACAGUUCUGUACAGUUUACAAUAAGGUCUUAUGGUUGAUAGAACUCUAUCGUCUAUGUAUUCAUUUAUGUCUUAGUUUUUCCAUACUAGACAGAUUGAAGACUUGAAGGAA